UUUGUGCGUCUCCGAUCUGACGCGUGUUGUCUUGCAGUGUGCUCGGAUCUGGUGAAGGGCGCCAAGGAGAAGCAGCUCAAGGUCAAGGGCCCCGUCAGGAUGCCCACCAAGGUGCUCAACAUCACCACCAGGAAGUCCCCCUGCGGAGAAGGGACCAACACCUGGGAUCGGUUUGAGAUGCGGGUGCACAAGAGGGUGAUCGACCUCGUCAGCUCCCCAGACGUCGUCAAGCAGAUCACCUCUAUCACCAUCGAGCCCGGCGUCGAGGUCGAAGUGACCAUCAGCGACCAGUAGGUAUGCUACCCCAAGAUAUGUGUCUUUAAAUCUUUUUACAAGGGUGGAGAGACACCUCCAACGUACCAAGAUAUUUUUGAAACUUUCUGUAGUAUGAGAACUGGGUUUUGUAUGACUAGGUUCUUUGCUUCGUGAUUCUAAGUGCCUAUCGUCCUAAGUUAUCUUCCGUCAA